AUGCAGUCACUCAACAAGCUCUUCCCGCCCAUUAUAAUGGUCACAUCACCGUCGUCUGCCGCGGAUACGCCCUCAACAUCUCCAAACGUCGGAAGCGUACUGCGUACCUCCGCGACUUCGAAGCUCCAUGUUGAGAUGAUUGAAGACGACGAUGGCGAAGACUGCGAGUGUCCUGCUUACAUCAAGUCGCUCGGCCCAAAGUUCCGCGGAGUCGGAGAGUUGGUCACUCAUCCAAAAGCAGAUGACGAUGGCUUUGACUUGCUGAACGACAUGGCUUCGUCCUCUCUGAACUCCGAUUUCGACUAUGAGGGUGAGUACAAAGACUACGAGUAUACCCACGGGAUUCUCGAAGAGAUGGGCGUUGGAUGCGAAGAACUGAGUGCUUGGCCAUACACCCACACUUACUUCCGCACCGAGAUGCCAGAUGGCAGCAAGAUUAUCAUGGCAAAGUUCCAUGAUACCUAUGCAAAACGUCAUACCGGCUUUCCAGCUUUCCAGGAUAGCAAAGUCAGCGACGAGCUUCAACAGCACUUCCUGGACCUAGCUUGCAAUGUGUCCAAGCACAAGCCACACUUGCAUCUUCUCGCAAGGAAAUUCGAACCUGUUGUGGAUGAGGAAGAGCCUCGCCUGAACAUUGGUUGUUUCGAGUAUCCUCGUCAGUUUCCAGCGGUGUGGAAUGAAGACUUCGACAAAGUUCCGUUGCCUCUUGGAGAUGAGCGCGUCGUUGUUGGACUAGUUCGCUCCGGUACUCAGCGCAAGAUCAUCUACGAGACGAUGAAAGUGCGCAAAGAUGUGACAGACGACCCGAUGAAAUUCUCCUCUUGCCAAAAGGGCAUUGAAGCAGCCCGCGCGCUCGCCGACUACCAGAACGACGAUGAGCAAAUUCGACGAACGACGCCGAUCCCUGAUUGCGACCGGCCUCGUUUUGAGGGAGGAUUGCCACUAGAGGCUGUACCUAAAGCAAAGUGGGAUCACCUUCACGAUUUCCCGGGCGAAAACGAUGGAUUCGUUCAAGGUAUCCUGGAUAGACUGGAGAAGCUACGCGCCCACCCGGAACACUACGAUCAAUUAGUCGCAAUCGGUUCCCACGAGUGUAAGGCCGGCAGUAUCCUUGGAGAUCGGAAGGGUCUCGAGGAAGACAUGAUUAUUGGACUCUGGUAUGACUUAUAUCAUGAACAGGAGUUUGACACCGAGGCACUGCGCGAACAGGGGCUGCUUAAUCCCGAGGAUGACUUUGGCGACAAUCCAGAGUACCUGAAGGCGAAGAACCUGUGGUGGGAGCAGAAGAUGGGCAUUCGCGGCAUUGAAGCCAUUGUCCGGUACCACAUGGAGCACGUUCGCUCACGGCGACGCCCUAAUCGAGCGGCAUAUUUUCUGACCGAGGAAGACGAUGCUGCUCUUAACUACAGAUCGCCGGAAUAUCCAGCAUCGCGUGCUGAACCCGAGGAAGUUCCUAAAGAACAUCGAUUCUACGACGAUCUUCAUGACAGCCCAGUGGAUUGGGCGGCAAAGUCUGAACGCUGGAUUCGGCUGUGGCGUCUUUCAGUGAGCGACAACAUCGCUCACGACGACUUCGACGAGGAAUGUCGCGAGCCUUACGAUGCGCUCGUAGAGUAUCAAGACAGCCGCGAACCAGGCUGUGAAGCAUAUGAAGGACCAGAAGAGUUCGCACGGCCGCUGCUUGCGGGGCACCGUGUUCCCACUUUGGCUGCGCUGGAGCGAAAACGCCGCGAUUCGGCUGUUGAGCUGAAAAGCAAGACUUCUCCUGCUGGCGGAAUUGCACGAGUUCAGCGUACGCCCGGCAGCAUUCCAGCGGCUCAAGUAAUGGCCAAAGACAACGUUUCUGUAUCGAACGCCGCAGCUCGUCGAUCAGGGGGUCUCAUGGAGCAUAUUCGGGGAACUCGCGACGAAGAGGUAGAUGAUGCCGCUGGCGCGGUAGGCAAUGCGCCUUCUCCGAAGUUCCUUGAGGCGUUCCUGAAGAAGAAGAAGAUGGCCAAUGCCCCUUCUCCGAAAUUCCUGAAGGCAUUCUUGAAAAAGGCCUUUAUGGGUGCUAUCAAGUCUAGCAUCCAAGUUCCGCCUGGCAUUCUCGCCGACUAUUCGGCAAUUGGGGAGGAACUUCGUGAUCAAGAAUCAGGCAUUCCCUGUAACUUGAUACGACACAAUGCACCCGGUCCUGUCCCUGUUCGGGGACGCGUCUGGGUAGGCUCAUCGAACCCCGAGAUGAGCCGUGAUCAACGUCGCGAACAGCAGGUCACUGUUCCCGAUGGUAAAGCUCUGACCCGACCGAGGAACAAUGCGGAGAACCGGCUGAUGGAUUUACUGCAUCUGCCUGUCAGCAAGGCUGACUCCAUACAUCGCCCUCGAAGGAAAUGA